AUGCCGCUUCUGGAUAUAACCAAUCCGGCGGUGAUAAUAUUCCUCAUCGAGAACUAUGAAAAGGAGAACAGGCUGCGGUUGAAUUGGAUACACAAGCACCGAGAGCAGAUACAGCAGGCGGCGACCCUGAACAGGGAGCCCACCAACUACUUCGAAGCCGACGUCAUCGCUCAGAACAUGAUCGGUGGGCUCGCGACCACGAAGAGGGAUCACGUAGUAGCUGGAUACAACAGACGGCGGACGCCUUUACGCGACGGUAGGUUCAUACCGGGCGUCGAAAAUCUACGUCGCGGGCAUUCGAUAGCGGACGUCGGCUUAGGCGACCCGUUGUGCGACCCACGACUCAAAAGGCCCGACGGCGACCUCUCGAUAGACCCGAUAAUGCGUCCCGUCGACGAGCGGGUGAAGCGGAUCGUGUACAAGCGGCGGCCGGAGUUUGGAAAGGAUCAGUACCUGAAGACGCGCUCGAAGACCUGGCCGGAGGAGAAGUACUAUUUCGCCGAGUGCUCGAACUGGGACUACGGCUGGCGAAUGAGGGACAGCGCCCUACAUCAGAAGCCCUCGUAUGGCAGAUGCUGGCAUCUGACCCGCGAGCUGCGCUCUCGCGUGGGGCCGCAACCCGAUCCGCCCCAUUACAAGUCGUCGGAGCAUUGCGGUCCCUCGAAAUUCGUCAGCUUG